CAUCACGGGGACGGAAUAAUACCUCCGCGACCCCGUCGUCGCCGUUCCUUCCCGCCAAAUUUCACACUACUUUCUCCGGCAUUGCCAUGGCUUCCGACAACAGCGAAGGCGAAGGAAAGGAUCUAGAAAAGGGGAUUGCCUCUGCUUCAAACGCGAGCCCUAUAAUAUUCAAUACUCCAACAACACCUUUGGCUAGGAUAGCAAUAAUGUCGCCUGCUUUGAUCAUAUCGAAUUCGAACAAAGCGCUUAAUUCAUCAAACUCUGGCAAGAUGUUGGUCCUUUCGAAUUCAGGAAAGCGAAUAGAUCAGUCGAAUUCUAGUAAAUCGUUGUAUCUUUCGAAUUCGGGGAAGAGAAUGGAUCAAUCAGGUUCUGGCAAGUCUUUUAUUCUGUCUAAUUCAGGGAAGAGGAUUGACCAGCCGAAUUCCGCUAGGAAGAAGUAUGUUAAGCAGGUGACUGGUAAACACAACGAUACCGAGCUUCACUUGGCAGCUCAGAGAGGAGAUGCGGAGGCAGUUAAGCAGUUACUAGGAGAGAUCGAUGAACAGAUGAUGAGAACAUCAAGCGCAGCUGAUUUUGAUGCUGAAGUUGCUGAGAUAAGGGAAGCGAUUGUUAACGAGGUAAAUGAGCUAGGAGAGACCGCAUUGUUCACAGCUUGCGAGAAAGGGUUCAUUGGAGUGGUGGUGGAAUUGUUACCCUACACGACUAAAGAGGGCAUCUCGUGGAAGAACAGGGCAGGUUUUGAUCCAUUCCACAUUGCUGCAAGUAAAGGACAUCAAGCUAUUGUAAGAACAUUGCUAAACCAUGACCCGGAGCUGAUAAAAACUGUUGGACAGUCAAACGCUACUCCUCUCGUAUCAGCAGCCACGAGAGGACACGUUGGCGUGGUUAAUGAGUUGUUGUCAAAGGAUCCGAGUUUGUUAGAAAUACCAAAAACAAAUGGGAAAGGUGCAUUGCAUUUGUCUGCUAGACAGGGACAUUCUGAAGUUGUUAAAGCAUUGCUUGAUAAGGAUCCACAAAUUGCAAAGAAAACAGAUAAGAAAGGACAAACUGCAUUACAUAUGGCUGUAAAAGGUGUUAGUAAUGAAGUUGUGAAGUUGCUUCUUCAAGCAGAUGCAACCACAGUCAUGCUUCCUGACAAAUUUGGUAACACUGCAUUACAUGUUGCUACCAGGAAGAAACGUGUAGAGAUAGUAAACCUGCUGCUAGUUCUUCGCGACACAAACGUGAACGCAGUAACAAGAGACAACAAAACAGCAAUCGACAUAGCAGAAGGACUUCCAUUUUCAGAAGAAACAGCCGAAAUAAAAGAAUGUCUAUACCGAUACGGCGCAGUAAAAGCAAACGAACUAAACCAACCAAAAGACGAACUAAGAAAAACCGUAACAGAAAUCAAGAACGAAGUCCACACUCAACUAGAACAAGCAAGAAAAACCAACAAAAACAUGAGCGGAAUCGCCAAAGAGUUAAGAAAACUCCACAGAGCCGGAAUCAACAACGCCACAAACUCAGUAACCGUCGUCGCCUCCUUAUUCGCCACCGUAGCAUUCGCGGCCAUCUUCACCGUACCCGGUGGAGAUUACGCCGACGGGUCGGCAGUCAUGGUAGCCGUCCCUGUUUUCAAGAUAUUCUUCAUCGCGAACGCGAUCGCGCUUUUCACGUCGCUGGCGGUUGUUCUCGUGCAGAUUACGAUUGUUCGGGGUGAGAUAAAGUCGGAGAGAAGGGUGGUUGAAGUGAUUAAUAAGUUGAUGUGGUUGGCGUCGGUUUGUACGACGGUUGCGUUUAUGUCGUCGUCUUAUAUUGUUGUGGGGCGUCAUCAUAGGUGGGCUGCUAUUGUGGUUACUUGUGUUGGAAGUUUUAUCAUGGUUAGUGUGCUUGGUUCGAUGACUUAUUAUGUUUGUAAAUCGAAAAGGUAUCGAAAGAUUAGGAAGAGGGAAAAGUUGUCGAAGAAUGGUGGAAUGAAUUCGUGGAGGCACUCGGAUUUGUCGGAUUCUGAUCAUGUAAAUCCAAUUUAUGCUAUUUGAUUGAUUUUGUAAGUAUGGAAAUUGGUCUCUCAUUUGAAAAGGAAACAAUAUUAAGAUUAAUUGAUUCA